UAUACUAACCUUUGCUUUAUCAUUAUGUUAAGGAUUUUGCUUAACUUCCCUUAACCACUCGAUUUAAGAUUAUUAUUUUUCCUACUAACAAUAAUGCCAACCACUUCAAUUACAUACCUUGAAGAUACCAAAGAUUAUGUCCUAAAUCAAGGACAUGGUGUUAAGGGUCUAGCUGAUAUGGGCAUUAAAUCUUUGCCUAAUCAAUACAUUCAACCAGAAAAAGAAAGGUUUAAUAUAGACAAAAUCAUCCUUACCAACAAUGGUGAAGAUAACUCGAUCCCUAUUAUCGACAUGUCGAAUUUAGACGAUCAUGCAAUGGAAACCCUAAUUUGUAAUGCUGCGGAGAAAUGGGGUUUCUUCCAGGUUAUUAAUCACGGUGUGCCUCUUAGUGUACUUGAGAAUGUCAAGGCUGCGACGUAUCGGUUUUUCGAGUUGUCUGCUCAAGAGAAGAGCAAGUUCCUAAAGGAAAAUUCUCCUACAAACGAUGUGAGGUAUGGUACUAGCUUUGUGCCUGAAGUUGAAAGGGCCUUGGAAUGGAAGGAUUACCUUAGCCUCUUUUUUGUGUCCGAGAAAGAAGCCCUUGCUUGUUGGCCACUUGCAUGCAGGGCUGAAGCAUUGGAGUACAUGAAGAGUUCUGAAUUUGUAAUAAGAAAUCUACUAAAGAUCCUCAUGAAGGGAUUAAACAUCCAUGAAAUUGACGAGAGGAAAAAAUCGCUUUUGAUGGGUACAAAAAGAAUCAAUUUGAAUUACUACCCAAAAUGCCCUAACCCCAAGUUAACAGUCGGAGUAGGGCGACAUUCAGAUGUAUCAACCCUAACUAUCCUUCUUCAAGACGACGUUGGUGGGCUAUAUGUUCGAGGAGACGUUGGUGGGCCAUAUGUUCGAGGAUUAGAUGGUGAGAGUUGGAUUCAUGUACCUCCUAUAGAUGGUGCUCUUGUAAUCAAUAUUGGUGACGCGCUUCAAAUACUUAGCAAUGGUAAGUAUAAGAGUGUUGAACACCGUGUGAUCGCGAAUGGACAAAAGAAUAGAGUUUCUAUACCUAUUUUUGUGAAUCCAAGGCCAAAGGAUGUAAUUGCUCCAUUUGAAGAAUUAAUGGAAGGAGGAGAUAAGCCAAAAUAUAAAGAGAUACUUUACUCAAAUUAUGUCAAGUAUUUCUUCAAAAAGGCUCAUGAUGGUAAAGCCACGAUCGAUUUUGCUAAGAUUACAAAUUGACGUCUUGACGAUAUUAGGCUAAACCCUAGGUUAUUGAUCUUGAGUUUGUCAUUGCAAUAAGGUUAUGUUGAAGCUUUAAAAAAAUUUAAUAUUGUUUUAUCUAGUUUUGUUUUGCUCAUGUCUUAUAACGAGCUUAUAAUCGGUUGUGACAUUUAGUGUCUAAAUUUAAAAAGUAGCAAAAUAUAUGGGAUGUUUCAACUUGUAUGUCUAUUGUAAACUUGUAAUAUUAUGUAGUCCAUUAUAAGGUUUCUUGUAUCAUUGGUCUAGUCAAAAGUUCUAUAAUCCAUAUCAUGUUGGAAAACUGAAAAAUCUAUUCCUUAUAUAGUUAUAUGAUUUUUUGUAGCGUGAACUCAAUCUAUUUUAAAUUUUUAAUAAAUAUGUUUUAUUAUCUUUUCUGUUUUUACUACCUUGAUAUAUAUUUUUACACAUUAAUUUUCUACACAAUCUUCCUUUAUUUAUGUUUUCUUACUUAUCCACCUUUUUCUUAUACUAACUCGACACAUUAACACUCUCAAAUUGCUUCUUAAUUAUAUGCAAACAAUUUCUGUGAAAAAAACAUAAAAUAAUUGUUACUUCAUACAAAAAAAUAACACGUGAAUAGUUCUUAUAUUAGUGAAUGGCUUGAAUUUAGAGUUACUACACCCACUCUUUUAAUAUAUUUAGCAAAAUUAAAUAAAAUAUAAAACCAGAUACAUUCCACUGUAAGAAUAUGUAACCAAAAAAAAAAAAAAAA